AUGGCUUGUGCAGCACCAGCAACUCCAUCCACCAAGGAGACCACUAAUUACGCGCGGCUUUGUCGACUCUUGGUGGAGCUUGGUACCAGGGCCCUUAAGGACACUUUUGAUUCCAUACACCCACCAGCACGCCUGCAUGCUGUUUUGGCGACAAACAAAACUGUGCUGCGGUCACUGAGGGGCAAAAAGAUUAUUAAUCCAACACAAUGGGGAAAGCUAUUUCCUACUAACCCUUUUUCAGUUUCGUCGUCAUCAUUCGACAUUACUCUUCUGAUGGUCUUGUUAAGGAACAUCUGUGGUCUGGCUGCACCUACCACUGGUUGGGAUGUUUUGCCUACCGCAACAGACUUGAGCCGUGAAGCCAAUAUUGCUCGAAUAAAAUUCUUUAGAAACACGGUGUACGCGCAUGCUCGACACGCUUCGGUUGAUGAUACAACAUUUAAUAGCCAAUGGCAGGAUAUUCGAAAAUCUCUGGUGUGUCUGGGAGGACCUCAGUACAGAACUGCUAUCGACCAUCUUGAGACGGAAUGUAUGGAUCCUGAGACUAAACAACAUUACAUUGAGCAGUUGGAACAGUGGAAGAAAGACGAGGACAACGUAAAGAUCAGUUAGAGGAAGUCAUGAAAAAGCUCCAUGAAAUAACUACUGAAGGUAAGUUAACUUGUUAUUAAAACAUCUCACUCUGAGCGAAAUUCUCAAAGCUGGUCGGUUGUUUGGAGUCAAGAGAGAAUAAUGGAAUAGAGAGAAAAAAGCCCAGUCUUGUCCCAGGGAUGUGUGAAUUUCACCAACGAAAGUUAUUUUUAGACCAAUUAAAAGCUUGAAAUUAAUCGGAAGUUGGUUUCCGGAGAGGUCCACAAGCCCUUAUUUAGUGUUAUAAAAAGAAAAUAAUGGGAUAUUAUGCUCUCGUGUUGUGUGGUGGGGGAUAAAUUCAGAAUUUUUCAACUCGAACGAAAAAAAAAAGUCUGUGCUCUCUCUUCAAUAAAACGACCCCUUAGCGCCCGCCGAACAACCCGCUAGGCACAUGGGAAAAAGGGGUGGGGGGGGAGGGGGGUCACGUGACUAGCGCCAGGUCCCUAUCUAAAAAACGAAAUAGUUUUUGGAUAAUUUUCAUAUCCGAUGUUUAAAUUAGAUUUGUUCCGAACAUGUGUCGCCAUCACAAUAUUCUGCAUUCAAUCGCUUUGAGGGAGUCGCGCGUGGACUAGAUGAAGUCUCAAACAAUCGAUCAAAAUGUGCGGACGUUCCAGCAAUUAUACUUCCUUUUAAUUACAACCUCUAAAAAUAACUUAAGUGAAAUUCAUGUAUCCCGGCCGACGCCCUAAGAUUCUCUGUCUGUCACUAUAUUCUCUGUUGUUGGAGUGUGUUAAUGGCAUAAAACGCACGGUCUUCAUGACGUUAUGAUUCCUUUCACCUUUGGCCUCUCUGACUGUUCAUAAAUUUUGAUCAUGAGGUACGUAGGGAUACAUGACUGAAAAAGAAAUAGAUAUUUUUCUUUAAGUUUAGAUUAACCUUAAAAACGGUUCAUGCUUGAACCUCCUUAAAGGACCAUUUGUACCGUUUAUAUAUCAUUCAAUCAAAAAAUGACCCAAUUAAGUUACAAUCCUUAAUUCAAUCAUUAUUUGUGAAUUUUUGGAUGAUUUUUCGGAUUUUUUUAAUGUAUAAAAUUCAAGGGGGGGAGGGAAGAUGUUUAAAAUUUUGAGAAAAUGGGAAAAUAUUGGAUUUGGGGGUUGUUAAAAAUUAAAAUGAGUAGUGAAUAAUUAGUAGACAAUUACCAGAUAGUCCACUACUCCAAAAAGGUGCCGCUGAUCUCACUAGCUGACUAACUGGUUUAUGUGUAUCCCUCUUCUACCCUAAUUUAUUUCCCUCCCAAAUCAACAACAUUUCCCCCAAAAACCAACCGUGAUGCUCCCGUAAGUCCCAAUAUCUAUAUACAAAUUCUCCAAACUGAUCUCCAUACAUUUCCUUUAAGAAUUAGUUGAGAGAAUUUGAUAAAAGAUCAUGGCAUUUUCUCUUUGGUGAUCAUUUAAUUAAUUCUCAUAACUUUAUCUAUUGACAAUGUAUGGAUAUCGUUAGGAGAAAAUUGUUUUUGGUCACUAUUGGCACUUAAAGGGUUAACACGAUCUAUUAACGAACUGCACCUCUUAACAGACUUAACAGUGUCUUCUAAGUACUAAAGGAAGGUGACUACUGUCUGUAUGCGGAACGUUCUUAGCUCUUUCCCUUCGGGGUAUAAGCCAGAUUUAAGAAAGGUUACAAUGAGAAAGUAAGCGAUAAUUGACUAACAUAUAAGCGCACUGAUCUUUUAGUGAAAAGCUUGAAGUCUCCGGAUAAGAUCCUCCAUGGAUCCAACACGUGUCAAGAGAGAAAUCACGAGAAUGAGCCAGUAGAGUACUUUUGUGAAGAUUGCAAAGUUUGUCAGAAAUGUGGACAGUUCAGUUCUAACCAUCACAACAAAAAGGAUGUACAGCAGGAGGCUUUUGUGAGACAAAAUGAAAUGGCUAAAGUUGUUGAUAAACUUAAAGCGAAAGUGGUCUAUAUUGAGGCAAAGGUGAAGGAACAAACUGAUCUGAUGCAAAAAAGCCAGGAAAAAAUCUGUUCUGCUGAAAAGGACAUGGUUGAGAUUGUGGAAGAGAAGAUUCGCCUUCUGAACGCACAUAAAAGAGACAUGGAAAUGAAAUUUUCUGAGAUUCGUGAAGCACGACAACGAGAGUACGAGACUCGGAUAAAAAACUUUAAAAUGGUCGCAACCCAGACAAGGAAAUAUAUUGAAAAAGGCGAGGAUUUCUUAAAAAGAAUGAAUGGUCCUGGAAUUCUGGAAACAGAAUGUGCUGCUGACUUAAUUCGCUUUGAGAAAGGUUUGAAUGACGAAGAAAUGGAAAUCUAUAAACCAAGGCGUGUUACUUAUCGUGCAGACAAAGACUCAGUUACUCAGGGUACUGUUGAAUUGGAACCUCACUGUACCGCGGUUCUUGUCCAAAGAACAGGAGCUUUUCGAAUUGCAGGAGGAAAAAGUUCACAUUACAAUAACUUGUUGGUCAGAAAACGGAGUGGGGAACAAAAAUAAGGCAAAUUAUUCUAAAGAUGGAGAACACAACACACGCCAAACACUGCUUGCGCAGCACAUGACGCUGUGGUUAACCGUUGCGACAAGCCGCUGACUGCUCGGCCUCGGAGUCUGCAAAUGAGUCUACAUCAGAACAAAGAUCUCCGAUCAUUUAAAUCACCUGGGCAAGGACAUGAAGUGUUCCACAAGCCGUGUAGGAAUUCAAACGAUUCUAAAGAUGAAGACAAGACAGCACAACACACGCCAAACACCGCGAGUGCAGCACAUGACGUAGUUGUUAACCGUUGUGAGAAGCCGCUGACUGCUGGCCUCGUGGUUUGCAAAUGAGUCCACAUAAGAACAAAGGUCUACGACCAUUUAAAUCACGUGGGAAAGGGCAAGGAGUGUUCCACAAUCCGCGUAGCAUUGCAGUGAAUGAAAAGAGUGGGUAUAUUGUGGCUGUUUGAUUCUGAAUGAAAAUUUCUGAGGACGAUAGGAGACAAGGGAACUGGUGCGAAGAUUAAAGGUAAUCAGAUAUCCGUGGCAUUCACAUCGUCUGGUAACAUUGUGUGAUGUUGAAUCAUCGCAACGAAGUAGACUAGUUACUGAGCUUGGUCAUUUUAUUACUGAUAUUAGUAGGCAUUUGAUUGAGCCACAGAGUGUGUCUGUUUUAAGUGACGGUAAACUGUUCGUGCGUGACUGGAGUGAUGAUUGCAAUCAAAGUUCUUUCUCCCGAUGGCAAAAAGCUGAUACAGAGCAUCAAAGCCCCCAAUUGUGUUGA